GUAGUAUAGUAGACUCCCCCCUUACGCGCUCCGGCGGCAUCUGCGCCCCCUCCCUCCUUGGUCCUUGGUACUACUAGGUAUAACAACAGCGGCUGGGCUGUCCUCAGCCCUAUGAAGACUCAUACGGCCUUGGAAUACGGCGUGUUCUAUACGGCGUAUUCUGUCCGGCCCCGCUAUUAUGCACUGUUGCAAUUUGCCUUCUAGUUGUUAUGCCACUCGAUAUUCUGAUAUCACGGUGAGUGGAGUCCGCCAGUAAGUCGUGAGUGUAGACAACUGUAAGUAAUAAAUAAUAUAUAUAUUCGCUCCCUUGUCGGAUUUCGGUCUAUAUUCCUUUACUCUAGGUACCUCCCCAUCUCAUUCUCGACUCAAUAAAACCCGUCGACCCCCAUCUUGGCUCCUUUGUGCUUCCGGCCCGCCCAUCAUGGUCUCUCGCAACGUCUUACGACUUUCCUUCGCAGCCUUCGCGGCUUUAGCCUAUGCGAAUCCCUAUCCGAGAGCGGCAACGCUUUCGUGGAGUCCUUGUAACGGGACCGAAGUGCCCGGCCAGGUUCCCGCAGAGUGUAGUACUCUUGAGGUCCCUCUCGAUUACACCGAGCCCGGUGAGACUCAUGUCCUCGAUCUUGUCCGGGUCCCGGCGCCGAUACAACCUUCGAAGGGCAGUAUUAUUCUCAACUUCGGCGGCCCAGGGGGGACUGGGCGAGAUGUCGUCGUUCAACUGGCGACAGUGUUACAAGCGCUCUCGGGGCGUCAGUAUGAUCUUCUGUCCUUUGACCCGCGUGGAACUUCUGGCUCCCGGCUUCAAUUCAACUGCCUCGACAACGACUUCGACGGGUUGUCCUUAGUAUUGGGCCUAUCUCCCGCUAACGAGUCAGAAGGGAGCUUGGGGAGAAUCUGGGCGCAGGGAACGAUAACGGCUGAUACCUGUCUAAGGACUCAAAACAAGACGGGAAGUCUCAUUAGCACCGCAUUUACCGCAAGAGAUAUCAUGCAAAUAGUGGAUGCGCUGCAGGAAGAUGGCAUGCUAAGAUACUGGGGAUUUUCCUAUGGUACAACCUUAGGGGCAACUAUCGCUGCCAUGUUCCCGGAUAGAGUCGAGCGGAUGGUACUGGAUGGUGUCCAAAACCCCCACCAGUACUAUCGUCAGCAAGUUGAGCCCGAGGCGCGGACAGACGCCGAUGCUGCAUUUUCCGCCAUAUUUACAGGCUGCGUUGCGGCUCCAAACAAGUGUGCCUUGGCCAGAGAUAACAGAACUGCUGCCGAGCUUGAGAGAGAGGUCCUAGACUUCUUCGAGGCUGUCAAGCUCCGCCCACUGGUCGUCCAGGGCGCCAUCCUGGAUUACACUGCCAUAAAGAGCUACUUUGUCGGAUCCCUUUACGAUAGUUCAGGCUGGCCUGCACUCUCUGGACUGGUUGACACGAUACUAACCGGACAAUAUGAGAGUUCGUCUGGUGUUCCAACUGAUCCUACCCCUAUCCGUCAGACUAUUAUUCUGGUACAGGCGUUAGCCGGUAUCCGUUGUAGCGAUAGUGAGGUGCGGACCGAGACAUUUGAGGAUUUUGCUCUAGCUGUUCAGUCGAUGUAUGAAUCGAGCAAUAUCAUGGGAGAUAUGCUAAGCGUAUACGCUACUUGCUCGCAAUGGAAAAUUGAGCCUAAAGAACGGUACACAGGCGAUUUUAACGUGGAUACAAAGAACCCAGUCCUCUUCAUCGGCAAUACUUUCGAUGGGCUAACGCCCCUGGUCUCGGCUAAGAACGUCAGCUCCACCUUCAAAGGCAGUGCUGUCCUGGAGGUCAACGGAUAUGGUCAUUCCUCUCUUGUUAUCCCUUCGACGUGCUCCCUUAACAAGACUUCCACCUACUGGUUGGGUGGAACCCUGCCUGAGAAGGAUGACCUGUUUUGCGAAUCCGAUGCUCCCCUGUACUCGGGGGUCACUUGGGAGGAGAUUAUCGACAAGUACUACGGUGCCAACAGCACGACACGCUCCAAGCGCACUCCUUUCAAGCGUAGUAUCCCCGUUUCGCCUAAGAUAGGGUACCCCAUCGUCCCUCACCCCGUCAACCUCCCUUGGUAAUUCGAUGGAACCGGUAUAGUAAAUCGUUGAUACAGCCAAACCAUCUCCAUUCGUUUACCUAUCCCUUUUGCCACUCGAUGGGUGUGCUACUCUGUUGCCGAGCUUGUAAUAUUAGUUCGGGUUAGAUAGAGUAUGGUUGACAGGAGAAACAUUAUAGACAAUUUGGCGAUUUGUCAAGCGAUCAGCAACCAAGUCCUAUGCCGUACGUUGCCUUCGGCUGUCAAUACUAGCAAGAGGCUCCUUAGCACCUGCACCCAAUCCGCUGCCCAUUGAUAUAUAUUAUCAUCUACGGGUAUUGUCU